CUACCUCUGCGCGAUGAAGUUUGGAGCGGCGCCGACCGGCCAUACUGACAGACGUGGCUGGAAAUUACUAUAUUUUUUUUGCAGAACAUUUUCUGUGAGUAAAUGUAUUGAACCAAUUACGAGGUUGGCGCAAAUGAUUUUCUCCGAAGUUGGACUAAUGGACAAUCCUGCUACUGACUGUCUAAUCUGAAAUCGGCCACAUAUGUUCCUAAAACGACUCGCCAUUAUGAUCCUUUCACUCUGGUGCAAGUAAAAGUUGUAUUUCUCACGCAUCGCAAGACAGGGAAAGAUACCUCACAACAAGACGGUUUGCAAUAUAAACGUUUGGAACGGGAUGUUUUAUCCCUCUGAAGUCUUAUUCUACAUCGAAAUGGAUCAAGCACCUCCAGCUCUCCCUCCCAGGUCAGCCAAACCCAUUACCUCCUUCAUGAAUGACAACUGCCUAAGGGAAGCCCCAGUAUAUCCCCUGCAGGAUGCUGAGUGGUACUGGGGAGACAUUUCCAGGGAGGAAGUCAACGAGAAGCUCCGCGACACACCUGAUGGUUCCUUCCUGGUUCGUGACGCUUCCACUAAGAUACAAGGAGACUUCACGCUAACGCUGAGGAAAGACGGGCACAGCAAGCUGAUUAAGAUCUACCACCGUGAGGGGAAGUAUGGCUUUUCAGAGCCCCUGACCUUCUGCUCUGUAGUGGAGCUCAUCUGGCACUACCAGCACCAUCCUCUGGUGGAAUACAACGCUGUACUGGACGUCAUGCUCACACACCCUGUUUCCCGCUUCCAACAGGAUGAGCAGGUGAAAGUGGACAGUGUUGAUGUUGCCGGGAGGAAGCUACAGGAGUACCACAGUCAGUACCAGGAGAAGAGUCAACAGUUUGACUGUCUGUACGAGGCCUACACUAAAACCUCACAGGAGAUCCAGAUGAAGAGAACUGCGAUAGAGGCCUUUAACGAGACCAUGCUGAUCUUCGAGGAACAGUGUCGCGAGCAGGAGCGUUAUGGGGAGGAGUGUGAGAGGAGCAUUCGAUCUAAGGGAACAGAGAAGGACUUGGAGAGAUUCCUGAUGAACUAUGAGAAGCUAAAGUCUCGGCUGGGGGAGAUCUAUGACAGUAAGGUCCAUCUGGAACAGGACCUGAGGACCCAGGUCCAGGACUACAGAGAGACAGACAGGAGGAUCAACAGCCUCAGGCCUGACCUCAUAGAGCUACGCAACAUCAGAGACGAGUACCUCAAUUGGCUGAAUCACGAAGGUGUGCAACAGAAACGCAUUAACGAUUGGCUGGGGUUCCAAGACAAUAGCAGUGACAACACCUACGUGUUGAAGGGUGAGAGUGAGAGACUGGCGCACCAUGACGAGGGGAGCUGGUUUGUGGGCGAGCUGAGCAGGACCCAGGCUGAGGAGAUGCUGAUGGACAAACCCACCGGAACCUUCCUGAUUCGCGAGAGCAGCAAGCAGGGUUGCUACGCCUGUUCCGUAGUUGUUAAUGUAGAAGUGAAGCAUUGCAUGAUUUAUAGCACGCCACGUGGCUAUGGCUUUGCUGAGCCCUACGACCUCCACUGCUCUCUGAAAGAGCUCGUUCUGCACUAUCGCCUCAACUCCCUGGCACAGCACAACCAGGCCCUGGACGUCCGGCUGGAGCACCCUGUCCACGUCACUCCUGUCUCGUCAGCCUUGCUACACACAGCCACAGAGGACAGCCUGCUACAACAGACGGAGGAACACCACCUUCUACAGACUCAAACUAAACUACCUGCUGGACUCCCUGCAGCAGCUCCGGAGAUGUAGAUUAGUCAGCUGUGGGACGUGUUUGCGUACUUUAGCUAUCCUACGAGGACUACUUGAAGGUGGACUUUUUUGCGUACUGUAGCUAUCCUACGAGGACUACUUGAGGGCGGACGUGUUUGUGUACUGUAGCAACUUGAGGGCGGACAUGUUUGCGUACUGAAGCUAUCCUACGAGGACAACUUGAGGGCGUUCUUUUCUCAAAGAAGAAUGUGUGAAAUUUGCACUAGGAUGAUUCCAACGGAUUGGUGAAUGUAAUUUCACUUAAUUGGAACUUUGACCGGAACUUGAAUGUCAGCUAGGACUUUUUUUUGUACCCAUUUUUCACCUUUUCUUUCAUGGGAUUUGAUUUGUUUUAGUGGGCCUGGUCAUCCGGGAGAUGACUGACUACAUAUACUAUGUCACAAUAUGUUGGUAUUUGUCAGGUGCUGUUUUUUAUUUGGACUUCUAGGGUCCCAUUUUGACAACACAAGUACUGGUGCUAAUGUAAAAUGAGAUUGUAAUACACCCAAUACCUUGGAAUUUAGAAUUUAUUUCAAACAUUUUAAUUGUUGUGAUGUCCAUGCACGGAAGAUCCUAAAAGUGGAAUUAGAAUAUAAUGGUACAGAAAAACAAGAUGGCUGACUCAGUGGCAUAGCUAGCUGUGGUACACAUACCAAACAUGUUCUGGGUAUUUCAGUACAUAGUCAUGCAAAUAUAGGAACUGAUGUGGCACAUCGUGACAGUAGCGCUGUUUUUUUUGUUGUCAAAAUAUAACCCAAGUUACCAGUUGAUAUGUACUGUAUGUAGCAUAAACAAUUUUCUGGAUAUCCUUAGAAUGACAUUUUCCAUAUUGUAUCCAAUAACCAAAGCACUUGCUAUUAGUGAUAAAAGUAUAUAUUCCGACCAGAAUAUUACAUUUAUGGUGAUGGUCGGAAAACACACCACACGUGCUUGAUCAAAACAUAAAUUGAAGUACUGUAUAUUAUAUUCUGUUAUUCAAAGUAUAAGCUUUUUGUAUUUUUUGAUAUUAUAUAUUUUCUGAAAUAUGCCACAGAAGAUGAAAGCUUGAGGAAAGUGCAAUCCAACAGUAUUUGUAAUUUUAGAAAUUCAUUAUUAUAAUUAUGGGGGGUCAUCAGCUUUUGCCACAGAAAUGCACUAACUUUUAAUUGGUGGUGUUAUUCAUCUGAUGACGUGACCUUUUAAGAACAUUGUGUGAACUGCCAGAGAUGCGGAAGUGUACAUUCUGUCUCUAUUACUUGAACUGUGGCAUUGCUCAAUAAGAGCGAUUAAUAUUUCCUAAAGACAUGUAGGCCUACAUAGCUUAAGGAAAAUAAUACAUUUUGUUCUUGGCACAUAUGUCAAGUUUGAGGACAAAAGACACUCUGUAUUGAGAUACUGUAAAACUUUUGUGGUUGGUUGGAUGGAGGGUGUUUUAGUCUUUCUUAAAAACUAGACAGGAGCAUUGAGGAAACUCCUGGGGCGACUUUAAGCAAUGUGAGAUUCUUAAUUUUUCUUGCUGAAGACAAUAAACUGAUGAGGGUUUUGUUGAA